AUGGCACUCUACAAGCAAUUGAAUAAAUGCCUCAUCCCCUGUCACGACGACGCAGAGUUCCUACCACUAAACGAAAUCAGUGCUAGAGUGAUUGAAGCCAACAUCAAGUUGGAAAUCCCCGUUAGGAAGCGAUGCUUCUCAAAUCGCGAUCUGCCACGAAGGAUACUGAACCAGGCCCGAAUCAUAUUUUCUAUCCUCGUUCUUAUUCAAGAAACGCAGGCGAUUGUUGAUCUCAUCUGCCGGGAUAAUAUCCGGGAUGAAGAUCUUCCUCUCGCUCGACAAUCCGUGAGUGGAGAUGAUGAAAACGUCCUUGCAUCCCCCAAGACUGGCAAGACGUUCCAAUCGUUUUCCUUCUGGCCGAGGGAGGCGAGAGUGCGAGACUUUCUGAACUUUCAAUGGCUGGUACAAGCGCCUGUACUGAGUCUUCUCGGCCAGCACAUCUCACUGGACCCGAAAUGCCCCCUUCCCCUAAUAGACUGUGUCAUGAAAUGCAAAAGUGGCCCGAACAGCGUGCUACACAAAUGCAAGAUCCAUGGAGCCCACCAGACACUCUUCAAGAAUGAUCCUGAGCCAUAUGUUGCUGUCAAAGAGGUUAACAACGAUGAGGCUUUCGAGAAGGAAAAGGCAAAUCUUGAGCUCACACAGUCUCUAAACCACAAACACCUUAUUAAAUUAAUCGCUACUUGUCAGAAGGGACCCAUAUGCUAUUUCAUAUUUCCUUGGGCUGACGGUGGAGAUCUUAGAGACUUUUGGAAAGCCAAUGACUCACAAUCGCGGUCCCAGGAACUUGUCUUGUGGUCUCUCCGCCAGAUGCUCGGUAUCGUCAGUGCGAUCAACGCUCUGCAUGGAAAAAUUACGCGACACGGAGAUAUCAAGCCACAAAACAUACUUCAUUUUCACAAAGCGCAUGAUGAUGCUACCAUGGAUAGUAGAGGAAGACUGAUACUUGCAGAUGUCGGAGUCUCCAAAAUCCACCGAGAGAUUACCAGCAUGAGGCAAGACCCCACAAACUGCCAACAGUCCACGAUCACAUACGAAGCACCCGAAGCACAGUCGGAUCAACGAGAAGGCAAGCCAAGAGGUCGACGGUAUGAUAUGUGGUCUCUGGGCUGUAUGUUCCUGGAAUUCACUGUCUGGCUCGUCUUUGAUUACAGCACCGUCAGAAGUUUCAGAAAGUCAAGGCGUGCCCGAGAUGAUCCAAAGGACGCCUUUGGAAGUUUCUUCGUCCAGACCUCAGACAACCUGAUACAGAUCCACUCCGCAGUUAUUGAAGCUAUCGGUCAUCUCCGAAGUCAGCCACUUUGCAGCGACAACACUGCUUUAGCGGAUCUCAUCCAGCUCAUUGAAGAUGAUCUAUUGCAAGUUGACGUCCAGAAACGUAUGGAAGCUCCUAAACUCUUGGAAAAGCUAGAAAGUAUCACUUGCAAAGCUGAACAGAGCUCCGAUUACCUGUACCCAAUAUUUGACGGCAAGGCUGAUUAG